CCUAUACUGAGUCUGUGGCACGGAACACAUCAGUCACAGUCACAUCACAUACGAUACGCGAAACUAAAUGUCAAUGAAAUGAAAUGAAAAUGUAAAAAAAUAAUUUCAAUUGUUUUAAUUAAAAUCAUGUCAGAAAUGGAACAAGCAACUAUUAAAACAGAAUACGAUCUAUAUCCUGAAGUCGAAGUACAUUACGCCGAAAGCCAAGUCAUCUGCAAAGUCGAUAUAAAACAGGAACUAAUUGAUAAUGUUGGCGAUAAUAAUAUUAAUAAACAGAAACACAAUAAUUACAAUCAAGGACAAACAACGAGUAACAAUGCAGCAAGUACUGCAUUAGAAGCUCCCGGGCACUUCCCAUGCCACAUAUGCGGUGCAGUCUUCGAUCAGCUUUUCCAAGUCACCCGGCACCUCAACGAGCAUGUUCGGCGGACCUUCCCAUGCGAGCACUGCAGUUGCAUAUUUAACUUUGAGUCGGACUUGGACACCCAUCUGCUCAUACAUAAUACACUUGGGGAGCAGCUAUUCAACUGCGAUGUCUGUCAAGAGAAAUUCCCUAGCCAAGAAUUACUAGAAGCACAUAAAGAUGACCACAAAGACAACAGUGAAGGCAUCCCAUGUCAAAUCUGCGGACUGAAAUUAAAAGCUAAGUACAGUUUGAAAAUUCAUAUGAGCGCUAAACAUCUCUCAGUUCAACCAUUUUCUUGCGAAGUCUGCGGGAAGCUUUUCCCAGCGCAAUGGAGAUUAAAGGAACACAUGAAACUGCAUACCGGAGACAGCUUGCCUUGUACGUUCUGCGAUAAACAUUUCAUUUCUCAAAGCAAGCUCGAUAUGCAUCUAAAGUCGCAUACUGGUGAGAAGCCGUUUGAGUGCAAAGUUUGCUACAAGCGUUUCUCGAGAGACUCCAACUUAAAAGUACACAUGCGUUUACACACAGGACAGAAGAACUUUGCUUGUGAUAUAUGCGAGAAAGCUUUCUACACUAACUCAGACUUAACAUCUCACAGGAAAAUACAUGAUAAGAAUAAACCGAGGCCUUUUAAAUGUCCGGAUUGUGAAUCUGCAUUCGCUUUGAAAACUCAACUCAAGAACCAUUAUAUGGCUGUCCAUAGUACAGAGACACCUUACUCAUGCGAAAGCUGCAACGUUAAGUUUAAAACGAAAAAGGCUUGGAAGUAUCAUAUGAUGCAACACUCAGACGAGAAGCCGCACAAGUGCAGUGUUUGUGACAAAGGGUUCCUCAUCAGGCAUCUUCUGGUGAAGCACAUGAGAACGCACACGGGGGAACGACCAUACAAUUGUCAGUAUUGUGACAAAAGCUUUAAAUCUAAAUCUAAUUUAAAUACUCAUAUGGGUAAUGUUCAUAAAGAUGUUAAGAAAGCUCAAAAAGCGGAAACAGAGUAAAGUAUUACGAUUUAUUAUUUUAUUUUAUGCUGCUGUCAUUUAAUGAAAUUUGGAAAUCAUUUUAGAAAUUAAGCAUGAGAAGAGCGAUUCCGUAUCAGGGGUGUCACUAAUGUCGCAUUAUUCACAUUCGCGAAUGCGAAUCCGAAUGUCUGGAAUGCGAAUACGAAUGUAACGGAAUAUGUAGUUGUUAUUUUUAUUACUAAUUAGGAAAAUCAGUACCUACAUAAAAAAAUGUUAUCUUAAUACGGGACGUUAUAAUAUAAAGUGUUGAAAAAUGGUGACUAAUAGUCUAAAUGCAUUACUUGAAAGCAGUUUGCGCGCACUGCCCAUACGCGAGUCGACAAGACAGGACACGACCUGCGCACAUUCGCAUUCGCUUUAUUUGAUGCCAAUGUAUAAAAUGAUACGAAUAUUCAUAUAUACGAAUGCCAAUAUUCGUGACAUCCCUAUUCUGUGUAGAGCUUAUUCCGAUGAUAUUAUGCCCACAAUUAGGUAAUAGAAUGUGCCUACUUUGGUCCAAUUUUCGAAUUUAAAUUUAAAUUAUUAUAUUGUCGUAGGUAUGUUGAGAUAUAUACGGAUUUAAAGUAACACUCAAAUGCGGUUAUGAUAUAGUUUUCAUAUAUAAAAACCGUUGGACCACAUUUACCCUGCAGGGAGCAAAGUAGACACAUUUUACGGUAUAUAUUAAUUUAUAAAAAUACUUUUAAUUUUAUUUAUAAGCAUUAUUUUCAGAUGUAAAUCAGAAUCAAACUUUAUGGAUACAAUAGAAUUAUUUUACAUGGCAACACAUUACAUCUAAAUAAUUAAUAAUAAUUUGUAUUCAAUAAAACAAGCUAGAUAGUUGACUAAA